GAAGGGAUCGCACCGUGGCAACUCAACGAACAGACUUUGGGCAAGGUUCAAAAAGCGGUGGAGCUCAUCAUGUCACAUUGUUAAUGCAUGGGUUACGGUCGGAAUCAAACCUACUCUCACCCGAACACCGAUCGUGCACGACUGGUCCUCGAACUUGCGGAUUUUGGCCGAAAACUGCGACCGGAGGCACAACGGCGUCUCUGCUUGCAGUUUGAAGCACAGCAGGGCGGCUAGCGGACGGGAGAGCGCGUUCGAGAGGAAGAGAGAAGAGAGGGAGAGGGGACUUUUCAGAACCAUGAGAGAAUACAAAGUAGUGGUGCUCGGAUCUGGCGGGGUUGGCAAAUCCGCAUUGACUGUGCAAUUCGUAACGGGUUCCUUUAUAGAGAAAUACGAUCCCACGAUAGAGGAUUUCUACCGAAAGGAGAUCGAGGUGGACUCGUCGCCUUCCGUUCUGGAGAUACUGGACACGGCGGGGACCGAGCAGUUCGCCUCCAUGCGAGACCUGUACAUCAAAAACGGGCAGGGCUUCAUCCUAGUCUACAGCUUGGUCAACCAACAAAGCUUCCAAGACAUCAAACCGAUGAGGGAUCAGAUCAUCCGGGUGAAACGGUACGAGAGGGUGCCGAUGAUUCUGGUCGGGAAUAAAGUGGACCUGGAGGGAGAGAGGGAGGUCUCGUCCGGGGAGGGGAAAGCACUGGCGGAUGAGUGGAAUUGCCCGUUUAUGGAAACUUCAGCCAAAAAUAAAGGCUCGGUGGACGAACUGUUUGCAGAGAUUGUCCGACAGAUGAACUAUGCUUCAACACCAGGCAGAGACGACCAGUGCUGCUCGUCCUGUGUUAUUCUUUAAAAUGACCAUAUACGUUUUUUUGCAUUACUUACAUUUGCAAAUGGUGAAUGAGCCCUUCCUAAUAUUAAUCUAAACUUAAAGAAACAAGAAUCGAGGAAACAAAUACGUUUUGCUUGAAGACAAAAACAGACACAUUUUGAACAAUACUUUGGUGUUAACUGUUAACUGUCAUCAUUAGUUUUGGAAAAUGUCCUACAACUAUGUGUUGCAUACGCUUAGAAAAGACAGAAACGUCAUCUAUACCAGUGUUUACAUGGCAGAAUACUUGAAUGUUCUGGGAUAACAACCGGCACUUGCAUCCUUGGAAAACAGUUUGCCCCGUGCUAUGUUGAGAUUUCAGCGCAAUCUGACGUUUAUUUCGCCAUAUAUUUUUUUAUUUGGAGGUGUGUUGCAGGGGGUCUGUACUGUUGAGUUCUUCUUCGUGGCUCACCUUGGACAGAAUUCCGCAGGGAGGAAUUCCGCGGGGGAGGGGGGGAGCGGAGAAGCAGGGAGGGUGGGUGCCACUCUUAAGGAAUUCCGCUCGGCUGGAGUACCUUUGCAGCAAACUCAAUGUACACCAUUGAUGUCAACAGCUCAGCUGAGUUAGCAACCCUUGUCUCCGCUUGCACUCACAACUGGAACUUAUCCCCAACGGCAAAGACGUUGAUACUGGGACCUGAAACGCUAUGGAUAUUUCUCUAUGAAGAGGAGAUAACUAGAAAAGUAUAUUUUGUUAAUUGCUGCACAUUUGUUGUUUUUUGGGGAAGUUGAGGGUUAGGUGACAUUUCUCC